CAUCAUGAGGGUGUUUGCAGUAUUCCUUGGGCUGGCGGUCCUCUCAGGCUGCUAUGCCAGAAGUGUUCCUCAGGAUGAGAUGAUGAACUCCUGGGAAGCCACGGUCGAGAAGUUUAACGAUUAUUUCACCGACCUGAACUCAAAGGCCGACAGAAUGGUGAAGGACAUCAAGAGCUCCCAGAUCAAUCGGGAACUGGACACCUUGAUCUACGACAGCAUGUCGGAGCUGACCCAGUACAGAGAGGACCUGAAGACCAAGCUGGGCCCAUACACCCAGGAGGCGGCGGGGACCCUGGGCAGAGAUCUGCAGAGUACCUUCGGCAAGCUGGACGGGCAGCUGCUGGAGGCCCGGGAGCAGAUGGAAAAGUACAGACUGGAGCUGACGACCAUGAUGGAGCAGAACGCCGACGACGUGAGGGUCCGGGUCUCCGCCUACAGCCGCAAGUUGAAGAAACGCCUCAACAAGGACACAGAGAGCAUCAAGAGAACUGUUGAAGAAUUAUUUGGGAAUCUUCACUCCAGCACCUCCAACAACAUGGAGGGCAUGAAGGAGCGUUUCGACCCUUUCUUCGUUCAGGUGCGGGACAACGUCCAGGCAAAGAUCAGCACCCUGGGUGACCUGUUCCACGACACCACCGAGGACAUGAAGGACCGCAUCGAGACCACCGCUGAAGACCUGCGCUCCACGCUGAAGGACAAGUUUGAGGAGAUGAAGAACUGGUUCCAGCCCUCCAUGUAAACCCUGUAACCAACAGAGAGGACCAUCAGUCAAAACCACCUGCAAAAACCCUUUGAAGAGAUUCAUAACCAAAGAUAUUCAGCUGUUAUAUUACACACCACCUCCAUGUCUGAAUGUGUAGGGUCACUGAUGCCUUUCAA